AUGACUUGCAUUUGUUUCAUGUGGAAGCCCCCCCCCCUCUUGGUACCACUUGCUACCUUUUGCUUUUUUUGUGAGUUUGACUUGGGAACUUGCUGGGAAACCACAAUUAGCCCAUACGCGGAUAGACAGCCCAAAAAUAUUCAAGUUAACACCCUCAGCUUGAACUUCUACUUCUGCAGGUCUUCCUUCCUUGAACCAAGCUACAGCACGUACCCAUAUUCUUCUUGAAUCCACUUUUGUCUAGGAAAACUGCAUUUUCUUCUUUUGUAGUCGAUUUUAUUUUUCCUCAAAAUAUUCGGCAAAUUGUCUUUGUCGUUCUUUCGUGUCAUAAAAAUUUCUGGCUGCCAAUCUAACUUGUAUACGAGUGAGGGUAAAAUCCAGCUUGUCGGUUAUGUGGCGAUAUACGCUUAAUUUAUUGAUAGACAGACAGACAGACAGACAAACCUUCGAAAGUGGCACAAAGAUGUUCGGUAACAUCCUUUACAAUACAACUAGGGUAUUCCUCGACAUAUUUUUUCAAUGACUUCUGAGUGUAAUCUUGACGUUAUUUCUUUUUCUUUUGACUUCAGAUGCUAAUGAUAGCCUGCUAAAACUGUUUCUCCAUUUGCUUUUCCAUUUUAUUGUUGAAUUUAGUAAGCCAUGGCAUAUUCAAUACCAGCCUCUUUAGCAGCUUUAGGGAACCUCCUGUUUUUUUUUUUUUUUUUUUUUUU